AUGUCGACCUAUCUUGAAGAACCUAUAACUACUGUUAAUUGUUUCUCGUUCUUAAUAUACAAUAUACGUGAAAUACAAACAGCAUACAACGAGAACACAAACAAAUAUUAUGUUAACCCUGAGUUCUUGAAGUCCUCAGAGUUAUUGCAGGAAGUUUGUUCUUCACUACCUUGUUAUGAUUUUUCGCUUGAGAAGUCAGAGUUGAUUAAAGAAAUUGAACAGUAUGAACAAGAGUUUAAGAUAAUAGAAAUAUUUUCGGACGUUUCAAUUGAACUUUUGAAAAUUGGAGACAGUACAGAAUUUCCAGGCAUGCAAGAUGAACAUAUCAAAUCAUUGAAUACAUUUUUGUCAUAUUUGGUCCAUACGUCAGAGGAUGACCGUGAGUUGUGUAACAAAAUAGCACAACUGACAGAGUUCUUAAAAGCAGUCACUAAAAAACUUGAGCUGUGGAGAGAGCCUUACUUCAGUAAAAGAGGCAUGCAGGCUUUAAAAAGCAAUGAUGGCAUCAUAAGGUAUUUGGUAUGGGCAGUUUCCAUGGCACUUAAGACUGAAUGUGAAGUUUGGGACAUCUGGUCACUAACAGAGCUAGCAAAAAUUGUAAAACAGGUGGCCAGAAAUGAUACAAACCGAAGAUUAUUGGUACAACAUGGUGUAGUUCCACUCCUUGUUGAAAUUGCAGAACAAGGGGAAACAGAAGAACAAUAUGAAGCUGUUUGUAGUCUCUCGAAUCUAUCACUUGACAACCAGAGCAAAUCACAAAUGAUCAAGACGAAACAUUGGAAAAUUAUUGAAACCCUAGAAAAACUGGCUAAAUCACCCGAAGAAGCCGUUCAAAAAAUCAGCAAGGAGGCUUUGUGUACACUACACAGCAAUCAGACACAACUAACCGAAUGCUUACAAGAAAUCACAUCGGAAGAAUCUAAUGGCAAGCAGAGUAUAUCUGAUGAAGAAUCGUCACCAGAAGAAAUUAAAUUGUUAUCAUGGAACAUAGAAGGUCUUUCUAGUGUUAACAUCAAGGAACGGACAAGUGCUGUAAUCUCAUUCAUAAACAGGUAAGUAUUCCCUAUGAUAAAAUAGUAGCUGCAAAAGAGGGCCGAAAGAUACCAGAGGGACAUUCAAACUCGUUGAUCAUCUGACAACGCCAUCGCUUCAAAAGAAAAAGAC